GCUUCAGCCCGGUUACCGAGCGCACCGCCUGCCCGCUCUCCUUUCUCCUCUCGCUGCAGCCUCUUUGAGCGUUUUUGCCUCCUCCGUUGGUAGAUGGUGCAGAUCAUAUCUGGUAGGAAAGCCAACAGGAAAAGAUGGAUGGCAUGAAAAGAUCCCCGUCUCUCUGCGUCUCUCCCUCCCAGUCCAUCCAUUUGUCAGUCGCUUCCUUGGCCCGUCUCUCCAGCAUGUCGCUGAAGGUCCAGACCAGUAACGUGACCAACAAGACAGACCCGAAGUCUAUCAACUCGCGGGUGUUCAUCGGCAACCUGAACACCGCGGUGGUGAAGAAGUCGGACGUGGAGAGCAUCUUCUCCAAGUAUGGCCGGGUGCUGGGCUGCUCCGUGCACAAGGGCUACGCCUUCAUCCAGUACGCCAGCGAGAGGCACGCCAGGGGGGCUGUGAUCGGGGAGAACGGCAGGGUGCUGGCUGGACAGAUGUUGGAUAUCAAUAUGGCCGGCGAACCGAAGCCAACCAGAUCCAAAAGCCUGAAGCGAUCAGCAGCUUCUCUGUACAGUGGCUAUGAGUUUGACUAUGAUUACUACAGAGAAGACUUCUAUGACAGGUUGUUUGAGUACCAUGGCCAGGUGUCUCCGGUCCCUCGGGUGGUGCCCGUCAAACGGCCGCGGCUAGCAGUGCCUCUGGUCCAGCGGGUCAGAUCCUUACCGGUCAAACUGCUGGCACGUAACGCCUCGGUCCUCCCCACCAGCAACGGCAACAAACAGAGAUCAGUGAAAGGUGCAGAGCUUCAGGCGAUCAAGUCAGAGUUGACUCAGAUUAAAGCCAACAUCGAAUCUUUGCUGGGCAGACUGGAGCAGAUCACAGACGACACACACAUCACCGCCACAGAGCUGAGGAAGGCAGAGGAGCGUAAGACCAACGAGGUGUGGCAGGAAGACGAGUCAAGCUCAGAGCUGGAGGGUGAGGAGGCACACAGACAGAACAGCGAAGCUGAAGAGGACAAAUAUGAGGAGGAGGAGGAGGAGGAAGAGGAGGAGGAGGAAGAGGAGGAGGGAGAACACAUGCAGGACAACGCCUACGACCACAUGCAGGAGAACAGUCGCCUAUCAUCAGAGAUGGACUCCAUUCACCCAUGAGAGGUAGUCUGGACUGUGGAGGAAGAGACAGAGAGAGAGAGAGAGAGAGAGAGAGAGAGAGACAGAGAGCACGCCAAGGACAGAAAGAGAACUGGAUAACAGCACAGAAGGCAAUCAAACAGCAGGGAGCCGGACACACGCACUCACACACAUCCGUAAAAACACACAGUAGAGAC